GCCCGCGUGUCACCCGGGGCUCAGCCCGGCGUUUCGGCCGAGCAGUCGCGCUGAGGUUCCGGGUGUCCCCGAGAGCAGCUUCCCCUCCUCUGGGGCCCGGCGAAGCGCUUCCUAAAGGGCUCCCACCGGGUGAGCUCUGUUCUCUAGAGUCCAGUAAUGAAAAAUCUAAAAAGGAUGAAUAAGACCUCUUUGCAGCAGGCCUUUUGCAUAACUAUUUCUAGGCAAAUUGUAUUUUUGCAGUGCAUCUUGUUGAAGAUGGCAAUGCAGGAAUGUUGCUGAAACUGCUGUCGUUGUACACUAAUUUGUCAUGCACUGUUAAAGAGAUGUUUUGGUGAUGAACAAAGACUCAACACGGCUUUCCUAUGCUGAGAAGCCAUUGAGGGGAAGUGAACACUUGUUAAAACUUGAAGUGAAUGGAACUGACUGGUCUAUUUCAUCACAUCAAUAAACAUGAGCGGUACCAAACCUGAUAUUUUGUGGGCACCGCACCAGGUUGAUAGAUUUGUUGUGUGUGACUCAGAACUGAGCCUUUAUCAUGUGGAAUCUACUGUGAAUUCAGAACUCAAAGCUGGAUCUUUACGUUUAUCUGAAGACUCUGCAGCUACAUUACUGUCAAUAAACUCAGAUACACCCUAUAUGAAAUGUGUUGCAUGGUAUCUCAAUUACGAUCCUGAAUGUCUCCUAGCAGUUGGACAAGCAAACGGUCGAGUUGUACUUACAAGUCUUGGUCAAGAUCAUAACUCAAAGUUGAAAGAUUUAAUAGGAAAAGAAUUUGUCCCAAAACAUGCACGACAAUGCAAUACCCUUGCAUGGAAUCCAUUGGAUAGUAACUGGCUUGCUGCUGGUCUAGAUAAACACAGAGCUGAUUUUUCAGUGCUAAUAUGGGAUAUCUGUAGCAAAUAUACUCCUGAUAUUGUUCCCAUGGAAAAAGUGAGACUCUCAGCAGGUGAAACUGAAACAACAUUAUUAGUAACAAAACCAUUAUAUGAAUUAGGGCAGAACGAUGCUUGUCUCUCUCUUUGUUGGCUUCCACGAGACCAGAAACUUCUCCUUGCUGGUAUGCAUCGUAACCUAGCCAUAUUUGAUCUUCGAAAUACAAGCCAGAAGAUGUUUGUAAACACAAAGGCUGUUCAGGGGGUGACAGUAGAUCCAUAUUUUCACGAUCGUGUUGCUUCCUUCUAUGAAGGUCAGGUUGCAAUAUGGGAUCUUAGAAAAUUUGAAAAGCCAGUUUUGACUUUGACUGAGCAACCAAAACCCUUAACAAAGGUAGCAUGGUGUCCAACUAGGACUGGUUUGCUCGCAACUUUGACAAGGGAUAGCAAUAUUAUUAGGUUGUAUGAUAUGCAGCACACACCCACUCCCAUCGGGGAUGAAACUGAACCCACAAUAAUUGAAAGAAGUGUGCAGCCUUGUGACAAUUACAUUGCUUCCUUUGCAUGGCACCCAACAAGUCAAAAUCGAAUGAUAGUUGUGACUCCCAACCGAACAAUGUCUGACUUCACGGUUUUUGAAAGGAUAUCCCUUGCUUGGAGCCCAAUUACAUCUUUGAUGUGGGCUUGUGGUCGUCAUCUGUAUGAAUGUGCGGAAGAAGAAAAUGAUGGUUCUUUAGAAAAAGAUAUAGCUACGAAAAUGCGCCUUCGAGCUUUGUCAAGGUAUGGACUUGAUACAGAACAGGUUUGGAGAAACCACAUUUUAGCUGGAAAUGAAGAUCCACAGCUCAAGUCACUCUGGUAUACUCUGCACUUUAUGAAGCAAUAUACAGAAGAUAUGGAUCAGAAAUCUCCAGGCAACAAAGGAUCAUUGGUUUAUGCAGGAAUUAAAUCAAUUGUAACAUCAUCUUUGGGAAUGGUGGAAAGCAGCAGACAUAAUUGGACUGGGUUGGAUAAGCAGACUGAUAUUCAGAAUUUAAAUGAAGAGAGAAUCUUAGCUUUACAGCUUUGUGGGUGGAUAAAUAAAGGAACAGAUAUAGAUGUGGGGCCAUUUUUGAACUCCCUUGUACAAGAAGGAGAAUGGGAGAGAGCUGCUGCUGUGGCACUGUUCAACUUGGAUAUUCGACGAGCUAUCCAAAUCCUGAAUGAAGGGGCAUCUUCAGAAAAAGGAGAUCUGAAUCUCAAUGUGGUAGCGAUGGCUUUGUCAGGUUAUACAGAUGAGAAGAACUCCCUUUGGAGAGAAAUGUGCAGCACUCUACGAUUACAACUAAAUAACCCGUAUCUGUGUGUCAUGUUUGCAUUUCUGACAAGUGAAACGGGAUCUUAUGAUGGUGUUUUGUAUGAAAACAAAGUUGCAGUACGUGACAGAGUGGCAUUUGCUUGUAAAUUCCUUACUGACAAUCAGUUAAAUAGAUACAUCGAGAAAUUGACCAAUGAAAUGAAAGAAGCAGGAAAUCUGGAAGGAAUUUUGCUUACAGGCCUUACUAAAGAUGGAGUGGACUUAAUGGAGAGUUAUGUUGAUAGAACUGGAGAUGUCCAGACAGCAAGUUACUGCAUGUUACAGGGCUCUCCUCUAGAUGUUCUAAAAGAUGAAAGAGUUCAGUACUGGAUUGAGAAUUAUAGAAAUUUAUUAGAUGCGUGGAGGUUUUGGCACAAACGAGCUGAAUUUGAUAUUCACCGGAGUAAGUUGGAUCCCAGUUCCAAGCCAUUAGCACAGGUAUUUGUGAGUUGUAAUUUCUGUGGCAAGUCCAUCUCCUACAGCUGUUCUUCUGUGCCUCAUCAGGGCAGAGGAUUUAGUCAGUAUGGUGUGAGCGGCUCCCCGACAAAGUCUAAAGUCACAAGCUGUCCUGGCUGUCGAAAACCCCUUCCUCGAUGUGCUCUUUGCCUCAUCAAUAUGGGAACACCUGUUUCCAGCUGUCCUGGAGGAUCAAAAUCAGAUGAAAAAGUCGACUUAAGCAAGGACAAAAAAUUAGCUCAGUUUAACAACUGGUUUACAUGGUGUCACAAUUGUAGGCAUGGUGGACAUGCUGGACACAUGCUUAGUUGGUUCAGGGACCAUGCAGAGUGUCCUGUAUCUGCAUGCACAUGUAAAUGUAUGCAGUUGGAUACAACUGGGAAUUUGGUACCUGCAGAGACUGUUCAGCCAUAAAAUGUUAAAGAGAAACCUGCAAGUGUGGAACGUUCUAAUAGAUGUCCUUCAUAGCUGAAAAACAUACCUCAGAACUAGGCACUCAUGACUUUCCUAUAAUGAGAAAAUAAAUCAUUCUAUCAGAUUGGCCAUUUGAUGUUUGAGUGAGUUUGAUGUGCUUCACAGAGACAAAUGAACUGAAAUGAACAUCAGAGUGUGAGUAUACGCUUUGUUCAUUAGGUUGAAAAUCUUCAUGUUGGGAACACUUUUAAGGUACUGUUAAAAUUACAAACACUAUACAUAGUUUCUGGAAUAACAAAGAAGAGACCUUGAACCUGUAUCUUCAAAGCCAAAAUUGGAUAUCUUUCAAUAAAAUCUUCCACUUUUAAAAUAAAAUGACAAAUUGAGUACUUAAGCUUAACCAUAUUUAGAUUCUUUUCAGAUAAAAUUAUGGAUAUUUACUUUUAAAAUUCUACCCCACACUGGAGAAAUAAAAUUUGUCAAUAUAUAUUUGAUAAUAUGCAUUUUAAGAAGACUUUUCCCUCAUCCAGUUUCAUUUAAAUAUAAGAAAUUUUUGGUGUAGACUAUUACUGUCUUGCUCAAAACCCAAAAAUAAGAAUAUAUCUUACAGGAUGGGGGAUUUAGCUCAGUGGUUCUGCU